UUUUUUUUCUCUAUUUGAUGCCUAUCAAAAAUGACUCUUGCAGUUAUAUUUAAUUAACGGUAUAACCAUUUACGAUAACGUCGAAAACCUUCGUUACUUCAUAAAAGUGGGUAGUGACGCCAAACGCGGUUUUUUCGUUUGUCUAGCGCAUCUAGUAUAAUAGCCGAUAACGAUUUUACAGUUGGUAACGUUUACACUUAUUUGACAAUCGUCGACGUUGUUUCACGAUCCCAGUUAUUCGCUGACAUUUGGCCGUUUUUCAAUAAUCGCACGUGAAACGAAAAGUAAAUAAUACUGACUAUGGAAGGCAAACCGUCGAAUCGGCCAGUCAACGAUUUAAUGCGCGUGGAGUUUGAGACCAGCGAAAAUGUAGAAAUACUCGGCAAGUUCGAUAACAUGCACCUUCGGGAAGAUCUUAUUCGUGGCAUAUACUCGUACGGUUUUGAACGUCCUUCGGCUAUACAACAAAGAGCUAUUAAGCCGAUGGUCAAUGGACGCGAUGUCAUAGCUCAAGCACAGUCAGGUACGGGUAAGACGGCAACUUUUUCAAUUGCUAUGCUACAGUCCAUAGACCAACAGUUAAGGGACACUCAGGUUUUAUGCUUGUCGCCGACGAGAGAACUCGCCAUACAAAUCCAAAAGGUGGUUUUAGGUCUGGGAGAUUAUUUAAAUAUUCAGUGUCAUGCGUGCGUCGGUGGUACAAAUAUUGGUGAGGACAUACGGAAAUUAGACUUUGGUCAACACAUUGUGUCAGGAACACCUGGACGUGUGUUUGACUUGAUUAGACGUAAAACGUUGCGUACGAGAAACAUUAAAACAUUUGUAUUGGACGAAGCGGAUGAAAUGUUGAAUAAAGGAUUCAAGGAAAAAAUAUAUGAUGUAUAUCGGUUUUUGCCGCCAGCCACCCAAGUGAUUCUAUUAUCGGCUACUUUGCCUCACGAAAUUCUAGAAAUGACAAAUAAAUUUAUGACCGACCCUAUAAGAAUAUUGGUUAAACGUGAUGAACUCACAUUGGAAGGUAUCAAGCAGUUUUUCGUUGCAGUCGAAAGAGAAGAAUGGAAGUUUGAUACGUUGUGUGAUCUCUAUGAUACAUUAACAGUAACUCAAGCUGUUAUUUUCUGUAGUACAAAAAGGAAGGUGGACUGGCUUGCUGAAAAAAUGCGAGAAUCUAAUUUCACUGUUAGUUCAAUGCAUGGUGAUAUGCCACAGAAAGAAAGGGAUACUAUAAUGAAAGUGUUUCGUGCUGGUCAAACAAGAGUUUUAAUAACAACUGAUGUAUGGGCCAGAGGUAUUGAUGUACAACAGGUUUCUUUAGUCAUAAAUUAUGACCUACCUAACAAUAGAGAAUUAUAUAUACACAGGAUUGGUCGUUCUGGAAGAUUUGGUCGAAAGGGAGUGGCAAUCAAUUUUGUAAAAAGUGACGAUAUUAGAAUACUACGUGACAUAGAACAAUACUACUCCACACAAAUUGAUGAAAUGCCGAUGAAUGUUGCUGAUUUAAUAUGAAUAUAAAUCGUAAAGAAGUUUUUUUAUAUCCUUAAAUAUAUUACUUUAUUAAUAUAGACUAGUUUUUAUAGAGUUUUAAGCAGAUUAUUAACUACUAGUUUAGAGGAAAGAAUAUUUUUAAAAGUUUAAACCAUAAAAAAUAAAUUAAAAUGUC